UUUCAAUUUUUCAUAAAAGUUGGGAUUUCAAGGCGGAACGGAAUCACUCUCUGAGCGGUUCGCUGUGCUCCAACAUAGACCGGCUGCCCAUCACUACUUCCUUUUCCGACAUCUUGGACUACGUGAAGCACGCGUUUUUCGGGUGUACGAGUAUUUUGUUCCUCGGAUAAAGAUGAAAUUGAACAAGCAUGUUUCGUCGUCGCGGCGCAAGAGCCGCAAGCGCCACUUCCAGGCCCCGUCACACAUCCGUAGGAAGAUUAUGUCGGCGCCGCUGUCGAAGGAGUUGAAACAGAAGUACAACGUACGUUCCAUGCCAAUUCGCAAAGAUGAUGAAGUGCAGGUUGUGCGCGGCCACUACAAGGGCAAUCAGGUCGGCAAGGUGGUUCAGGUGUACCGCAAGAAAUACGUCGUGUACAUUGAGCGCAUCCAGCGCGAGAAGGCAAACGGCACGAACGUGUACGUCGGUGUACACCCGUCCAAGUGUGUGGUGGUGAAGCUGAAGAUGGACAAGGAUCGCAAGAAGAUCCUGGAUCGCCGUGCAAAGGGCCGUCUGGCGGCGCUCAACAAGGACAAGGGCAAGUACACCGAGGAAACCGCAGCUGCCACCGCGAUGGAAACGACAUCGUAAAGCUUAUUAAUCAAAUUCAGCUAGCUUUGCUGUAGUUGGAAAUGGAGUUGGUGCGCGGAAGUGUAACGCAGGCGAAUAAAAAGAAGGAAAGUGGAGAGAAAGCUAAAA